AUGAAUAAUUUUAAAUAUCAAACUUUAUGCUAUAAACAUAAAGGAUAGGGAAUUACUUUGGAAUCAGACUUAUCUAAAUUAAAAAAUAAGAUUUAAUGUUAGAAAUGUCUUGCAGAAUAAAAUUAGAAUAUAGAUAGUCUCGAUUAUCAAUUUAGAUAACAGUAACCAAAUUAAAUCAAAACUUAAACCUUUACGAUAAGCUAUGAUAAAAAACCAUUUUCAUACGUCUUACAAGCUAAAUAAACAAAAAAAUAAGAUGAAAAUUGUUAUGCUAUUGAAUUUAAUAAUGAUAUGACGUUACUGAUUGUUGGAUGUAAUAAUCGCAUAAAAAUUUAUUAAUUCAAUUAAGAGAAUCUCAAAGAAGUUUAAGCUCUUUAAGGGCACAAAAAUAAUGUAACAACAUUAAGUUUUAUGAGCAAAUCAAAUGACAUUAUAUCUGGUAGUGAUGAUUAACAAAUAAUUUUGUGGUAAUAUGUUAAAGAAUUCUUAUGGAAUAUCACUUAGAAAAUUAUAGGCCAUUCAGGAUAAAUUAAUUGUGUAAUAAGAAAUAAUAAUGAUGAUCUUAUUAUUUCUUGUAGUUGGGAUAAAACGAUUAGAUUUUGGAUAAAAUAGAGCGAAUGGGAAUGUUAGUAAAUAAUAUCAGAACAUACUGGUUCUGUUUUUUAAUUAAGUCUGAAUUUAACUUAGAAUAAAUUAAUAUCAUGUGGAAUUGAUUAAUUUAUUCUAAUAAUGGAAUUAUAAAGUUAAGAUAAGAAAUGGAUAGUGAUGAAAAAGAUUUGGACAAGUUUUUAUGGAAAUAGGUUGUGCUUUCUUAAUGAUAAAGUCUUUGCCUUUCAACCAGAUAAUAAGGAAAUCACUCAAAUAUAUGAGAUUAACAAUACAAAGAAGCAAUAUGAUAAAAAAAAUGAAAUUGUACUUUAAGGUAAUUAUGAUGGAAGUAUGUUAUUCCCAUAAAAAUUCAUUAAGGAAAAAUCGUUAUUAGUUAAUAAAUAUUAUACAUUUGUGAAUCUUAUGAGAUUGGAUGAAGACGGAAAGUUAUUAUCAAAAUUUAUAAUCGAGUUUAAUACAUAUGGUAUUUUCGGUACAAUAAGUCCUGAUGGGGAAUACUUGAUCACUUGGAAUUACAAAACCAAAGAAAUUGAAGUGAGAAAGUAUAAUGAUUGA